GGCGCCGGUGGCGGGAAAGUCGAGGCGCGCGGCGGCGCGGGAGCGCGAUGUGCAGUGACUCGCACCGCGCGGAGUCCGGCACGGAGCUCCUUGCCCGACUUGGAGGAAGAAGGUCCUUGAAAGAAAUAGAACCGUAUCUGUUUGCUGAUGAAGAUUCACCUAUGCAUGGUGAUAUUCUUGAAUUUCAUGGUCCAGAAGGAACAGGCAAGACAGAAAUGCUCUAUCAUUUAACAGCGCGGUGUAUACUUCCAAAGUCGGAGGGCGGCCUGGAAGCAGAGGUCCUCUUUAUUGAUACCGACUGCCACUUCGACAUGCUCCGCCUGGUCACCAUCCUGGAGCACCGGCUUUCCCAGGGCUCCGAGGAGAUCGUGAAGUGCUGCCUGGCCAGACUGUUCGUGGCGCACUGCAACAGCAGCACGCAGGUCCUCCUCACGCUCCACUCGCUGGAGGCCGUGUUCUGCAGCCACCCAGCCCUCUGCCUGCUGAUGGUGGACAGCCUGUCCGCCUUCUACUGGGUGGACCGCGUUAACGGGGGAGAAAGCCUGCGCGCGCAGGAGUCCGCUCUCACCCAGUGUUCCCAGUUCUUACAGAAGCUCGUGAAGGAGUAUCGCCUGCUUCUGCUCGCGACCACACAGAGCAUCAUGCAGAAAGCCCCAGCCUCCGCAGAAGGGCCUUCCUCGGCCUGCAUGCACCCCGGGGACAGGCCCUCGGGCUACAGACCCUAUCUCUGUAGGGCGUGGCAAGACUCCGUGAAGCAGAGAAUAUUUUUCUCCAAACAAGAGGACUCCAAAAGCAGCACACAGUUUUCUUUGGUUUCACAUCACUUAAGAAGUAACACAUUUAAAAAGCAUUUUUUUAUUAUUGGAGAAAGUGGGGUUGAGUUUCAUUGAUAUGUAUCAUAGAGUAGUCUUUUUGCAGGAUAUUAUGAAGGUUAAUAAAGUCUUUAAUAGGCUAAGGUGACUCAGUCCUAAGGUUUUAAACUCAAGGGAAUUUAACAAAAUGAUGUUUCCACAUAGAAUGGAUUUCUUAAACUAGUGCAAUAAACCUCAGACUGUUCUAUUCCUUGGGCAUUGAAGAUUAAUCACAAUGAUACAAUUAAACUGUAUUAAGCUUGCUUGAAAACUAAAUAAAUAGGGCCUCCUUGGUGGUGCAGGGGUUAAAAACAGUGCUAUCAAGCUGUUGCCAGCCACUGAAGCACAAGUUCAAUCCCCGGCAGCUGACCCACAUGGCGCAGCAGACCUCUCCUGCUCACCCACUGCUCCCUCAGCAGUGGAUUUCAGUGGAUCUGCCUGUUCUGCUCCCCACUCUCUCUGGUGAAUCCUCUUACGUCCUGUACCUCUGGCUUACACCCCAGUUCUUGUAUGCAUAAGUAAAUAAAUCUUUUUAAAAAACCCACUAAACUUAGCGCCUCCCCGGUGGCGCCACUGGGCUGCGGGGCUGCCCGCAGCCUCUGCAGUGCCGGUUUGAUUCCCGGCCGCCGGCAGGGGUCCCACAUGGCACACAGACCUCUCCCGCCACGCCUGCUGCUCUCCUCAGUGGUGUAUUUUGUUGGUCUGCCUGUUCUGUUCCCUGCUCUGGCUCUGGUGAAUUCUCUCACCCUCCCGCGCUUCUGACUGUACCCAGUGCUUGUAUAAAAUAAAUAAAUCAAUCUUAAAAAAAAAAAAAACCCACUAAACUAAAUAAAUGUAUAUACAUUUCAGCCUAAAAAAAAGGACUUCUAUAACUUUGUCACAUUUCUGGACUUCAGUUGAAGUAUAGCGCUUCAAACCUCUCACAUGUAACUUCUUUAGGAAGCUGUGCCUGGAAAAUGUUUCCAACUCGAGAUUCUGCAAACAGGCCGAAAGCACAGGCCUGCCACCAUCUGCCUUUCACCCCACCACUGGAGAAUCAGAACACUGCAGCUUGAGUUACAUUGAUUGCCAAGAUGGCGUUCCAUUGUGGCUGGGUUUCUGUGUGACUUAAAAAUAGGGAAAUAAGAUACCCAUUCAAGGAGUUCUAUGAAGAGUGAAAUCUUCAUCUCAUUUAGUCGUAGGCAAAGGCUAAAAUUAUUAGAACUGCACAAUGCUGGUAUUUUCUUACUAUUAGGUAUAGUCCAACUAGAUCCUGAAAUAAGCUGCUCCCACUGAGAGUGGAGCGCGUGCUCUGCUCCGGUCCAGGGUGGCCAGGGCGGGAACAGGCUCCUCCCGGCCCACAAGGUAACUAAUGUGGAGGAGGAAUAACAUUUUAGGAACUUCCAUGUAUACAUUUACUCUAAAAGGAAAUAUAUGAAUGUUUGAUGUUCAGAUUGACCCUGGUGCACUCCCUCAGCCUGUUGUGUGUCACAGACAUAUUCGAGGUGUCCUGUGGGAAACUUUGACAGGCGUGGGCAGUGCUUUUCUCGUGUUUAGUUAUGACCAAAUCCAUUUACUUGACAAAGGUUCUUUUUAAGGGCUUAAAACGAAUCCUGCAAGACCAAGAUGGACGUAAUAUAGCAGGCAAAGAACGGCUGUCUGCCCCGCCCAACUACCCUGGACCUAGUUUAGCUCCCCGGCAGUUUACGAAACUCGGACUUCUGGAGAUGCAUCUGGAGGCCAUUCCUUGCAGGGCUGCGGUGGCCAGGCUGGGCCAUCCUUGACCCUCGAGGGUCACCCCUGUUGAGAGCACAUUCUCAGAGUGGCCCCUAUAGAAUUGACUCUCAGUUGCUCACAGAAGCCGUCUACUGACAGGCUCCUGUGCCUCCAUCCUUCCCUCUCAGGAGACCACCUGGAAUCGUCUCCCUAGCAAGUGAGAAAUCCUUGUCCAGGAAUUACUUUUGUUGCAGGAUGAGGGGGAGCCCGGAUGUGAAUAGACAAAAGUCCUCAGAUUGACAGCCUCUUGUGACAUGAAAAAUGGUCGCAGUCCAAUGGGCAACCAGGAGAAGUCAAGCCAGACACAUCACCAUCAUGCCCAUCACAUCUGCCCUCAAUGAAGGUUGUUUUGCUGUUAAUAUGCUGGAAACGUUCUUAAGAAUACAUGUAUUACCAAUGCUUCAUCCUUUCGCAAUUCAUAUUUUUGCGUGUCUUGUUACAUACGUUAUACAUAGGUAUUAUGAAUCAUGUUGGGGGUUGGGAAUAUGCUCUUCACCCCAAUACUGUGUGAACAAUGUUGUUGAGAAUCUCUUGCUCCAAUCUUGAUCACUUUCUCCUUUCAGCUGUUAAGACCUAACGGUUUAGUUGCCUUUCCUAUCAAACUGUAGUCUUGCUGUGUAUGUGUGUAUGUAUGUGUGUGUGUUACAUGUAUAUUAUGAAAAACCCAGCAACACCUAGCAGAAUUCUAGCCUUCAAUGUGAUGGAAUUUUUCCCUUUCUCUUUUAUAUAAAUGAAAUGUUAAUUUAAUGGACUGUUACUCACAGAUUUAUAACUUAUUCUUCAGGAACAUGAUUAAAAAAUAAUGAACUUUUAUAUUAACUUAAAUUAUCAAUUAUAUAUUAAUGUGUCAGACCAAAGACUUAGUUAUCUUAAAAAGAUUUGUUAUCUGACAUGUUGGAAGGAAUUAAGAAUUCUGGUUAAUAAAAAAUUCUUUCAAACUAAAAGUUACACCAGUGGGACUUCUUGAACACUAGAGAAAUCCUAAUACUUGUAAAAAGAAACUGCCAUCCAGGGGGAGGCGUUCUAAGUCACACGAACGGCAGCUCCUAGGGGUGCUGUGUAGAACUAAAAGAAUAAUGGGAGUGAGCAGCUGUAAAUCUCAGCAUAUUCCAUUUUCCUGUAAAAUAAAAUGGGGGAUUUUAAAAAUACUUUUUAAGAUUUUAUUUUUGCAUAGAAGAAUUGGGGUGUAGACCAGAGGCGCAGGGGUGAGAGGAGUCACCAGAGACAGUGGGGAACAGAACAGGCAGACUGACUGAAACACACUGCUGAGGGGAGCAGCAGGGAGACAGGAGAGGUCUGCCUUGCCGUGUGGGUAGCUCCCUGGCCCGGGAUCCUCAGGCUGCAGUGGCUGGCAAUAGCUCGGUAGCAGUGCGACUUUAACCCCCGCACCAUCCGGGAGGCCCAGCAUUUCCGUUUCCGUGAAGAGCACACAGUAAUAGAAGGCUUCAUUAAUUACUUCUGUUUCUCCAGUAAGAUCAGAAACACAAAGCAGAAUCUUAGAGAGCUACACCGAGAACUUGACAAGGUCACCAUCAUGGGGCCUUCAUUUAUCUGAGCUGUCAAGCAGUUUCAGUUGACAGAAUCUGAAUACAAAAUUAAGCUUGAUCUGAUUAACAUAGGUAACCCCAAAAGGAAAGUUUACGACAGGUGAUCGUCCACCGUGGGCAAGCAUCAGACUGCAAAGAGUCAGCGUUUGGCCAUUUUUCCCGAUCGUCAUGUAAUCGCCACAAGUCAGUGGCAGAGGAGAACUAGAAAGGCUCCACAUUUGGGAAAAAAAUUAAGUUUCUGAAUAACAAGUCAAAUAUUUAAAUUUUAGAAAACAGUAACACAGAAUUUGAAUUAGAAAAAUAGAAUAAACUCAGGACAGAGCAAGACGGCUCAUAGCAGGUGGUCUGUUAUCAGAGCGUGUUCACAGCAGUUCCUACUCCGUGGCUACAUGGUAUCUCUUAUGAACUUUUACUUAUUUAGCAAAUCCUUGAAUAUGUACUUGGUUGCCAUUUUCCAUGAUUCUUUAAAAAGAAUUACAGAGGUAGCUUUGCUGCAACUUUUUCAUGUUACCAAAAGAAACUUUGUACCAACUUCACUCCUGUUCUCAGUGAAGCAGAAUAGCCAUCCUCACACCCCUAACAGGUAGUGCUUGCUUUAUUUACAGCUUAUAUUUUACUUUCUAAUUCUGUGUCUUAAUAUAUUCAUUUGAAAAAACCUCAGAAAGGUGAAAUACAGAGUUAGCCAUAAUUCCAUCAUGCAGAGAUCUACCAUUAGCACAUGGAGGCAUCUGUCUCAGCUGUUUCCCAUACAUACACGGUCCAUGGUUUCUGACAUGGCGUUGGGUUUUUCACUUGCUGCACACACUUCUAUACCACCUUCGCUUACCUUGUGGUGUGCUCUGGACACGUUUCCACACCGUGUCCCAACCCAGCCAUCUCCAAGGGUCUGGACACCCUAUUUUGCUUGAACCACCCCUUACACAUGUAGUUUUAUAGUAGUCCAUUUGGUCCCUUGGGAUAAAUGGGGAGAGGUUGCUGGUAGGUGUUUGCCUCCUGAGUUUGCGAGCGUCAGAGCUGCUGCAGGCCGCAGGAAAGGCAGAGCCAGGGGUGACGUGGGCACUGUUUCAUCGCCGUAACACAGCUCCUGGACUUUCCACUUGUGUGGACUAGUGAAUUUACACGUGGCAAAAUUUGUAAUCUGUAAUUUCAAACUCUUGCUAAACUGUAGAGAGAGGCGUUUGUUCAUACCGACGUUAGCAACCAGCGACGUGAGGUUCAGGUCCAGCCGUGACAGGGGACGCAGUAGGACAAUCUGCAAGCAGGACGGGUCCUUCAGGACCUGGGAGUUUGCGUCGCCUUUUGUGGGCCAGACUGAUGGGAGACAAUUGAGGAUAUUGUUAGUCUGAGCUAUGGCGUUGCAUCCAAGGAUUGAAUUGACAUGAAUUAGCCUGCACAUCUUUAAAUAUCUGCAACAUUCUGUCUUAUAUGAGCCUGUAAUAAAUGACCAUAUUACAAUUCAGAAGUGGGAAAGUGUAAUGAGAGUUGCCAUGGGAACCUUAAUGUGCUGGUCCCUUGCUUUCAUUUAGAUUUCAUUUUUAAUAUUGCAUUAACAUUUUUGCAUUUAAUGGAUAGAUAUUUGAAUUAAUAUUGAAGUGUUCUCACUAAUAUAAAUAAAAUAUAAGAAAUGAAAAUGUGAUUUUUCUUCCAGCGAACAAAUGAACAUAUAAUCCAAGACGUAGAAAUAACAGCACUUGAGUUUUAAAUUAUUGGAUUCCAUUCAUUUAUUUUGAAGUUUCUUAAAAGUUCCCUUUUUAAAAGAUUAAGAAAUAUUUAUGGGUUGUCACAUAAUUCAUGUCUGUAACAUUUCAAAUAUGGUUCAGAAUUUCCUGAAGGCCAUUUGGGGACAAUUUACUUCACUCUGCCUUAAUUUAUUCUGUCAUAUUUUUCUAAUUAAAUGACUUCUGCAUUCUCUUCUAUCACUGUACGGUCACGUUACUGCACCAUUUAUUUGUAGUGCAAUACAAUUAAUCAUAAAAUGCUAGCAAUAUUUCCAAAUA